AUGGCUAGGGAUGGGGACGUGCCUACUAUUUUUAACCCGAAGAGAGUACGCACGCCUUCAGUUAUAAUAACCAGCGAAGAGGUAGCGGAAAGUGUGCAAAGUGGUGAUGGUGAGCGAGAACGUCCAAACGGUCCCCCGACGCCUCUUAGUCCACGAGCGCCACUUACUCCCCAGACUUCUGUAUCUUCUGCUCCGCCUCUGACAACACAGCCUUCUCUACAGCAGACCUACAGUGAGUCCGCGGGCAGCAGUCAAGAUGAAGAGCGACAAUUACGUGAUAAAAAAUGCCCGCGCUCAUGCUGCUCAAAAGUGGCGAAAAAGAUAUACUAUGGGCUUUGUGUUACAACUACUGUAGUUGCAUCUUGGGUAACUGUGACACAUUGUAUAAAAUAUAUGUACCUUCAGAAAUACCCACACACUGAUAGCUCAUUGAGCAGCACUGAGUCUCCUAUCAAUAAUAAUUAUACUUCCAGAAUUCGCACACAUCAUAAUUACAAUGCACCAUUCUUCACCGCAUGGUUCUGUACAAAUUGGCUAAUAUUCUUUUACCCCCUAUACCUCAUCUUCAUGCUCAUACGCAAUAAGUGCAAAUCAGCAAAUGCUAUAUUUGGUGAUGCUUUCACAGACUUCAAGGAUAAAGGAUUCACAUUUGCCCGCUUUCUAAGCCGGUGUGGUUUAUUCUGCUUGCUAUGGGUGGUGACCAUCUAUAUGUACACCUAUGCCUUGAAGAUACUUCUCUCUACUGACGUCGUGGCGCUGUUCGCUACGAACGUGUCGUGCGUCUAUUUGUUAUCAUGGGUCAUUCUUCACGAGCAAUUUGUUGGAGUUAGGAUCGUAGCGGCGAUCCUGUGCGACACGGGGAUAGCAUUACUGGCGUAUAUGGACGGCAUCACUGGUAGCUCCACACUGGGUGGUGUCGUCUUGGCAGCUUGUGCCGCUGCCGGUUUCGCUAUAUUCAAGGUCCUCUUCCGCAAGGUGAUGGGGGACGUAAGCACAGGUCAACGUGCUCUCUUCUUCUCGAUCCUGGGUAUAGUGAACGCCACUAUACUGUGGCCUGUGUGCCUAGCUCUGUACCUCACGGGGUCGGAGCAGUUGCCAGCUCACCGUAUGCCUUGGCUGCCUCUACUGCUGGCCAGCGGUGCGUUACUGGCAUUUCAUUUGGUGUUCCAGUUCGGUAACCUCAUGACGUACAAUAUAUUUGUAUCUCUCGGUCUAAUUACAGCCGUUCCUGUAUCUGCCGCUCUGGAUGUGGUGCUGUAUGGCGUCGAGUUCGAAGGUAUGAAGCUGGCCGGUAUCAUACUAAUAACCGUUGGGUUUUUCCUCGUGAUGUUUCCGGACAACUGGCCUGAUUACAUUAUGAGGCUUUUGAGAUGGAGCCGGCGGCAGCGCGGCGCGGACGGCGCGGGCCGCAGCCGCGACGCCGUGGACUACCGCACCGGCUACAUCCGCUCGCACCUGCGCUCGCCCUCCGGCCGCGUCAGGUGACCGCCUCGCCCCCGGACCACGCACUAAAUCCGGCGGCACCCUCGGCAUAGCGGGCGUCUCCACGUUCAAUCCGCCUUCGUCUGACGACCGCCCGCGGGUACUGUGAGCGCUCUACUACCCCGGCGGUGAGAGGGAAGAAUGGUGACCGCCUCGCCCCCGGACCACGCACUAAACCCGGCGGCGCCCUCGGCACAGCGGGCGUCUCGACGGUCGAUUCGCCUUCGUCCGACGACCGCCACCGGGUACUGUGAGCGCUCUACUACCCCGGCGGUGAGAGGGAAGAAUGGUGACCGCCUCGCCCACAGAGCACGC